UUGAUAUACAGUAGGAGAGACUUGAAUUUAAAUAAAAUGAUUGAAAUUGUCAUAGAUACCAGGGGUUUGUCUGCAGUAGCACAAAGUGAACCAGCGCAUCCUGAAAUCAAGACAUCUGUGCCAGGACCGAAAACCAAGGCUUUACUGAAAGAUCUAUCAUCACUACAGCAAGCUGAUUCAGUCCAGUUGUUUGCUGACUAUGACAAGAGUUUUGGUAACUACUUCGUAGAUGCGGAUGGAAAUACGUUUUUGGAUGCAUUUACUCAGAUCUCGUCGAUACCGAUUGGUUAUAACCAUCCGGAGCUAUUGAAGGCGUUUAAUGAAGAACAUGCUCUGCGUUCGCUCAUAAAUCGGCCGGCGCUUGGCGUUUUCCCGGGGUCCGAUUGGCCUCAGAAGUUACGGAGCGUGUUGAUGGAGGUAGCGCCCUCUGGCUUGAAUGGUGUUGCCACCAUGAUGUGUGGUUCCUGUUCAAACGAGAACGCCUACAAGACGGUAUUCAUGUGGUAUCGGAAGAAGGAACGCUGCGGGAAGAUUGACUUCACCGAAGAAGAGAUGACUUCUUGCAUGGACAACCGUCCGCCCGGUGCUCCUAAACUAUCUAUUUUAUCAUUCAAGGGUGCUUUCCACGGACGUACAUUCGGCGCCCUGAGCACUACUCGUUCGAAACCCAUUCACAAGUUGGAUUGUCCCGCUUUCGACUGGCCUGUAGCUCCAUUUCCCAGAUACAAGUAUCCGCUAGAAGAAAAUCAGAGGGAAAACGACAAAGAGGAUGAGAAAUGCCUGGAGCAAGUAGCGGACGUUAUUGAGCAGUAUAAGAAGAAAUCGAACCCAGUGGCGGGCGUCAUAGUGGAGCCCAUACAAUCUGAGGGCGGAGAUCAUGAAGCGUCUCCGGCAUUCUUCCAGAAGUUACAGAAGAUUUGUAAUCAGAAUGGAGUAGCUUUGAUAAUGGACGAAGUUCAGACAGGCUGUGGUCCGACCGGUCGUAUGUGGUGCUACCAACACUUCGACUUGCCAUCACCACCCGAUGUAGUCACAUUCAGUAAGAAGAUGCUAACCGGAGGAUUCUACUUCAAUGUUGAGACUAAGCCAUCACAUGCAUACAGAGUGUUUAACACUUGGAUGGGAGAUCCUGGCAAGUUGAUAUUGUUGGAGAAGGUGUUGAACGUUAUCAAAAAUGAAAAAUUACUUGAAAAUGUCAAUGAAACAGGAAACGUUCUCAAGUGCGGUUUACACCAAUUGGAGAAAGAAUUCCCUAAUCUGGUGAAUAGUGUGCGAGGGCGAGGGACUUUCCUGGCAUUUAAUUCCUGUACUACUGAAUGUAGGGACAAAAUCAACGCCGAUCUCAAGAAGAAUGGUGUGUUGGGAGGUGUUUGUGGCGAAUUUGCCAUUCGUCUAAGACCAGCCCUAGUGUUCCGGAAGAAACACGCUGAAAUUUAUUUGGACAUCCUCCGGAAAACUUUGAAGGCAAUAUAA